AUGCUUGCGCCAUCGCUUCUCUACGGUCUUUUGGCCGCGGCCUCUUCGGUCAACGCGUAUCAUCACGCAAAGACUAUCAACUACACUGUCGUGACCGGUAUCUUUCAACAAGACGACAACACCACCGACCCUUCGACCUUUGAUUUCCUGAGCAGCAACUUUGGACUGAUCAACCGAACCUACCCAAGCGACUCUUCCUGCCCCGAUCGCAAGCACGCAACCCAAUGGCAGCGUCUCGCCCAUUACCUCUCCACCCUGAACAAGAAGGCAUCGCGCAAUGAACGCUACACCCUCUUCUUCAUGGGCCGCCACGGUGAAGGCUUCCAUAACGCCGCUGAGUCCUACUUUGGCACCCCGGCGUGGAACUGCUACUGGUCCGAGUUGGACGGCAACAGCACCGUCACUUGGGCUGAUGCGCAGCUCACAGAACCCGGUAUCGAGCAAGCCAAAGUCGUAAAUACCUUCUGGAAACAUCUCAUCAAGGACGAAAAGAUAUCUCCGCCCGAGACUUUCUAUACGAGUCCUUUGCACCGUUGUCUCGACACUGCUAAGCUUAACUUUGAGGGUGUGCCUCUUCCGCGCAAGAACCCCUUUGUGCCUGUCGUCAAGGAGUUUCUGAGAGAGGGCAUCAGUGCGCAUACUUGCGACCGCCGUCAUAGCAAGUCUUACAUCAGGAAGAACUUCCCCGGCUUCAAGUUCGAGAAGGGGUUUGCCGAGGAAGACCCAUACUGGACUGAACUUUUCGCUGAGCCGCGCGCAAACCAGGAUGCGAGGUCCAAGGCUGUGCUUGACGACAUCAUCAGCAAUGAUGAUAGCACGUACAUCUCCAUUACCUCGCACUCUGGUGAAAUUGGAAGUCUGCUACGGGUUCUCGGUCACCGUGAGUUCCGUCUUGCGACUGGAUCUGCUAUCCCGGUUUUGGUCAAGGCAACGACAAUCAAUGCUCCAGCGCCGCCAACGACUACGCUUCCAUACACACCUCAGAAGACGUGUGCUGUGCCGCCUACUAUCCGUGACUCGAGCUGCAAUGACUGCUCAUGCUGUACGUGA